GUUCGUUGUCGCCGUGCGCCGUGAGUUCGUCGUACCAGUGGCGCGUUGUUCACGAUAAUAAUAAUAAUAAUAAUAUUAUGAUGUAGUAUUACUAUAGUAUUAGUGUGUGCGGUCCGACCAUCAUUCUUUCUUUUUUCCUCGAUCCGUCCAGCAGAACUUGCAGCACACGCGCGACCUAACCGCUCGGCAAUCGUCUUUAUUAUUAUUAUUAUUAUUUUUUUUUGUUUUGUUUCGUCCGUCGUCGUUCGCGCUUCGAUCGCCGCCGUUGUGUGUGUUGUUUGACCGCGAUUACCUCGCGCACACACACACACACACACCAGACCUAAGUACGUAACCUCGCGACACAAUCGUCGUGCGCGCCGCACGCUAUUGUCAUCGGUCGCUGCUGCUGCUGCUGCUGUUGUUGUUGUUGUUGUUACCACCGUCGUCGUCGUUGACGGUAGUAGUGGUGUCGUUGUCUUCGUCGGCGUACGCAUAUCAUUUUCUUCGCGUUCGUGUACCGCACCUAAACCGUGUGUUCAACAAGUCGUUGGACUUUUUAUCGAUCGUUUCGCCGAACAAUAUUCUUAUCGGCCGCCGAUGUAACGCAAUUAUUAUUAUUAUUAUUAUUAUUGUUAGAGGUGCUUACACGCCACGCUCGUGUGCGAUCAGUCGACGGCAGUCGCGGUGCCCGUGUGUACGCUCUUGGUUUCCGUGUCCGUUGCGUUGCGGCGAUGAUAUGCGGUCGGACCGCGUUCUCGUUUAUUUCCGGUAACACCUCAGAUCUGUAUUAAUUUUAUUCUGAAUGUCCAUGAUCAACAACAUAAUCAAACAAUAGGAAUAUUGAUAGUGUUCAAAAAGAAUUAGACAACAUGAAUAUUGAAUUGGUAAAUACCAAAUCAGACAAUAUGAAUAUUGAUGACUUGAUUACCAAAUCAAACAAUAUGAAUAUUGAUUGUGCAAUAACUGAAUCAGACAAUAUGAAUAUUGGUGGUGUAAAAACAGAAAGCAUGUCGCCCAGUAAAUUUGAGAAAUCCCCUGAAUCUGAGAGUUAUGAUAUUUUUAAGCAACUCCCACUCGAAAUCAUCACAAAAAUUGUCCUACAAUUGAGUUUCAAUGAUGUUAUGAACUUGAAAUCUGUUAGUAAGGUUUGGAGAUGUGUAUAUGUAAACCAAAAUGAAAUUUGGGCAAAGAUAUGUGAAGAUUUAAAUAUACGAGUUAUUGAUUAUAGCCGAUGUCUAAAUGAUAGAUCAAGACAUGAUUCAGAAUGUAAAGGAUAUGCUGAAGCAUCUUCAGAAAAAUUAUUUGGGCCUUUAUGUGAUCAUUGGUUAACAUUUAAUCAUUAUAUAAUGAUUGUAAAGAAUAUAAAAAACAAUGAUUUUCCAACCAUUUAUAUACCUCGUCGACAUACUGAACAAUCAUAUUGUACUGAUGAUUAUAUAGUCAAUAUAAAUUACUUCAACAAACAACCAAUUCAUGUAAUUGUUUUAAACGGAGCAAAUAAGCCCAUCUAUAAAAGAACUUUGAAAAUAUUUGAUAAGUUUAAAGAAUUGAUUAAAUCAAGAAAAAAUCCUCUUAAAAUAAUUGGCAACAAAAGAUACUUGGUAUUUGAAAUUUGUUCAAUUAUAUUUGUAUAUACAAUUAAGAAAACUGAAUUCACCAAAAGCUUUUUUAAAGUGAUACGGAAAUCUGAUGAUUAUGGAUCAAAUGAGGAUGAUUUUGACACCAAUUUCUUAAAUGACCAUCGUGACACAAAACUUGAUUUAUAUGAUUAUAAGCUAGCAAUGGUACACCCAGCUACUAGUACAUUAUUCAUAACUGAUUUGAAUACAAAAAAAACAUACAAAGAACUGCAAUUUAGUUCAAAAAAAUGCAUUGUUGAUAGCAUUAAGUGCUCAGAUUAUAGACUUAUGAUUGGAGUCACAAAAAUGAAGAAAAAUGAUAAACUAGAACAUUUGGCAAUUAUUUAUCACAUGAAAGGAGUUACUCAAGACAACAGAUUAAAGAUACCCUUGUUGGGACCUGUUUCUCAGUUCAAGGUGACCAGCAACUGUAUUGGCGUGGAAAACACGGGUUCUGCAACUCCAUUUAUCACUAAAAUAGAUUCAUAUUUAAAAGUAUUUUGGCUUGAAUGUAAUACAUUUUCAUUUGACUGUACUCGAAAGCACAUUUAUUAUAAUGUUAAUCAAAGUAUAUUUCAGUAUGACCUCUUAAAGUCCAUGCUAUCCAAAUUUGAAGUGGUACAAAAAAUAGCUAUUGAUGCAAUAUCAAAUCUUUUACCUCUAACACCUAUAAAUGAUAGAUAUUUAUUAGUUCGAUCAACUUAUCCAAAUUCUUAUGACAUAUUUGAUGUUAAAGACCAUAUUUCAGUAAGGUCUAUAAAAUUAACUGCAGGGUAUUCAUUAGUUCAUGUGGGUAAACUAUCCAUAGUGUUCUCUAAUUCCAAAGAAUUUAUGGUAAUUGCAUUUAAUUAAUUGUUAAAUAUUUUUUGUACAACAUUUUAUAUAUAUAUAUAUAUAUAUAUCAUUAUGAUUAUUACUUUUAACUCCAUUACAAUGCAAUAUAAAUUGCAAACGAUUAUCUGUUAAUUAACUAUGAAUUUUAAAAACAUGAAACACAUUUUUGAAAUUAUAAACUAACUGAAGGCUAUUUGUUUAAAUAAUUG